GUAUUAUAGCAGGUGAAAUCAGUGAAAGGACAAAAAACAAAUCCCAACUAACGGGCAGUACGAGCUUUCCGGCAUGGACUAUCGGUUCCGCUGGGUCCGGGACCAUCUGUGCCGGUGUCUCGGCGUGGAUGAACCGCGCUACAUCGAAUCGGUGCUGAACGAGUUCUACGACGAGCUGAUGGCAUUCUUCGACGAUGAAACUUCCGAUCGCCGGGAGGACCACAAGCGCAUUUUCUUUGCCUAUCGGACGUUCUACGACAAGCUGGUGGAGGAGGAGGUGGUGGCCUUGGAACCAGUGACUCCAGCGUUUUUCUCGGAACCGGAGCAAGUGCAGAAGGAGAAGAAAGGAAAGAAAACUAAAAGAAAGAAGAAAUUGAAACCGAAGAAGAUUAAGAAAACAGAUGCUGACCAGGACCGUGGCCCGGAAACGGCACUGGGAGCGGGGUUUUCCGGCGAUAAUGAGCUUGUUGAAGUAACUAAAAUCGUUUCGACAUCGGUUAAAACACCAAUCGUGCACGUCUGUUUCGGUUUCAUACCGGAGGAUAAGAUUGACCCAACCAUUCGCUACGUUUACAUGAUUAGACGGUACAGUGCACCUGUUGCCACUUUCUACACGUUCGAAGAUUGCUGUGCCGAGGUACCGAAAUACGUUCUGAUGGGCUGUAUGAAGGGAUCGUUGAUGAACAGCGCCAAGGAUAUGCUGGAACGACUGUUCAAACCCGCCGUGGAGUACCAGUUCCGGGAGCCGAAUGUCGAGCGGCCAAAACCGGAAAAGGUAGAAACUGAAAUAGAUCCGAAUCGUACCACCAGUCGGGCCAGCAUCGCCUUGAUUGAUUACUCGAAACCGUCGGACUUUCGUAUGAAAGCGAUCCAAGCACAACGGACAGCUGGACACCGGAUCACGGCAGACGAUUCCAAAGUCGAACUGAGCAGUGGUCAGUCGUUGAGUGAAACUCCCAGCAGUGAGUCCAACUUAACGCAGACCAAGGUCUCGGAAGCCACGGUUGAAAGUGAGCCUCCGAUUAAGGAAACUCCUUCGGAGAAGUGGACAAAUCUUCUGCAGGCGGCGGACACCAAAAUCAAAGCGGACCAGGAGAACCAGCGAAAUACUGCCGUCAAGCACGGUCCGAUGAAGGAAAAUCUCAAUCAAAAUCUGGAUCGAUUCAUCGAAGUGCUCGAUUGGACGAUCGGUCACGUUCGGUACGACUUCGGGAUGCCAACGCAGUACAAUGCACCGGGCCAGGAGAAUAUUACGAUCGAUGAGGACAAGUUCAAGGUAAAAAUCGAUAUCAACAAAACGGCGGUCGAGGAUUUGACUGGCCUCCAGCAGGAAGAAAUUGUCGAAGGUUGGUCGAUCUACAUCCGCAAGGUCCUCCGCGAAUCGAUGGAACGGGAACCGGAAGAGAAUACCCCGAUGGCGGAAUACAAUUUAUGGCUGGCACGAGAACUGGAGUACAACUCUAUCGUGGAGCAGUUGAAGUCGCCAUUUGUCAUACAGGUUUUUGAUGCCCUCAAGGACAACGAGUGUGCUGUGCUGCAAUCUUGGCCGGCACUAUUGAAAGACCUGAAGGAAGCCCUGUCCCUAGCUCGGAACAACGUGGAACAUUUGGCAAUGCUGCAGAAGUACCUUCUGAAAAUCAAAACCGAGGAAGACUUCAACUUCAUCCUGUCCAUUAUACCGAACGUUACGAUCAUACUGCGGCACAUUUGGACCACGUCGGACUACUACAGCCAGGACCAGAACAUGCUGAUCCUGCUCGGCCAGAUAUCCUACGUGUUUGCGGAGAAAGUUAAAAUACUAAUUAAUGUUGAUACCAUUUUCAAACACUCGGCCAGCACCGUAUUUCGCUGUGCCACCAACUGUGCGGAAAUGCUGCGGGCGUGGAAAAAAUCCUACAUGGACACCCGGGCCCUGAUCGAACAGUCCGGUAUCGGAUCGCGCUGGGAGUUCGAUCGGAACGUUCUGUUCCGGGAUGUGGAUCACAUGACUCGGCUCAGUCAGGACACGGCCAACAUCGCGAAGGUUUUCAUCGAGUUCGAGAACAUGUUCGACCACCAUCUGAAGAUGGCGAUCAGCGAUCCGGAGGAGGUGGAUAAUAUUCUGACAAAGGUUUAUCGCCUCAUCAAUCACAUCAUUUCGGUGGACUACGACAUGUUCGCACCGAGUAACCUGGCCAAUUGGGAAGCCACCCUGGAGUACUUCUACAAGGGCGUCGAACAGGUGGAACACGAAGCCCGGCUCGCGUUGGACCACUGCAUCGGAGCACUCAGGUCGGCCGACUUAGGUCUUCAGUUGAUCAAGAAUCUGCACCGGAUGGAAACGCGGCAAACUUUGGCAAACCAUUUGUCAUCCAAGUACGAAAAUAUUAUGAAACAAUUCCUGGCGGAAGUGGGAAUGGUCGAGCACGAGUUUCUGAAAAACAAGUCCAGCCCGCCGCUGCAACGGAACCAGCCCGGCUACGUGGGGGCGGUGUUUUGGGAGCGCUCGCUGCUUUCCUUUAUCCGGCAGUCCAUGACGGCUUUUCGAGAGUUUGAAAGUUCGCCCAUCACCGGUGGGACAGUUGCUGGGACGGAUGCUGGGGAUGCCGGUGGCGGUGGUGGAGGUGACGGGAUGGCUAUCGUUCGUGUUGACACUGCAAAACGGCCCGGUGCCGGUGGGGAUGGACCGGAAGGGGACAGCCUGCUGAAACGGUCAGCCUUCAGUCAGUACAUCGCGCUGGUAAAGAACAUCAGGGACUACGAGAAGGAAAACUUUCAGCAAUUUACGGCUUACGGAACGCGAAUCGUAAAUACCGUCCUGAAACGCAACAUUCUCAAGUUGGAGUUUUGCGAGCCGAUCUACGAACUCGAACAACUGAAGCGAACCGCUCGCGCAAAGCGAGAAACCCGGGAACAAGCGGCCCGGAAACCGUCGGCUUUGAUGGCUAUCUCGGAGAAGGGAAAAUAUUCGAACAUCGCAACCGCCGUCCGGUGGAUCGUCAAUCGACCGGAAUCGCAAAACCCGGAACUGACCCUGGCCCAGAUGUUGGUGCGAGCAUCGCGGAACACACCGUCACCGGGAACGGUGUCUGGUUCCGACACCGUCGGAACGGCGCAAACAUCGGCCCGGGAAUUCAAGAUUAAACAAGCUCAACUCAUGGUGGCAGCAGUUACUCAGAAGAAGCUUCCAACCUGGCGAGAAGUGAUCGGAGAUUCGGUGCUAAUCGAAUACAAGCUGCAGUUUGCCGUGAAUUUCUCCUACGACAUAUUCGAUGCCAUCAGCGAAGGUCAGCAGUUCGAGUACAUGGGAUUCACUCUCAGUCCUGCCAUUAGGACUGCCAUUAUGAGAAAGAAGCAACUAUUUACGGAUGUGGAGCACGUUACCAAAAUGGUGAACGAUUACAACGAUAUGGUCCUCCGGCUGGCAACCCCAGAGAUCCAUUUCCUGCGCGGCCACUUGUACGAAGUCGAAACAAUCAUUCAAGCCGGAUUAGGCAGAUUCACCUGGCAGUCGUUCAACAUCCAGGCGUACUGCGAACGAUGCCAACAGUUUAUGAAAAGUUUAUCCUCGCUGGUAUCCCAAAUUGGCCACAUCAGCAGUGACAUCAAAUCACGCAUCGACCGGCUGGAAUCGUUUGCGAUGUUCGAGUUUGACGUGGUUCCGGGUAAGGCAAGAGACAAACGUUCGGCUGGAACGGAAAUCGUAUUGAAAACAUCCAGCCGUGGGUCCAAGGAACAUCAUCAUCACCACCACCAUCCCCAUCAUCAUCAUCAUCAUCAUCGUCAUCAGCAUCAGCAUCAUUCGCACACGCGUGAGCAGAGCCCCGCGGACGACGAUGGCGGCGAUGAGCCGGAGGAUGACAACGGCGGACGGACCACCGCCGGUGGCAAGCCGAGAAAACCGAAACGGGUCUCGAUCUGGGAGAUGCCCCGGGACGACGGGGUGAAACCUUGCCGGGACUACUUCCAGGCCCUGGAAAUGGAGCGGAACGCGAAAACCGGCCGGCUGGUGAAACUUUACGACUCGAUCGGACCGAUACUGAUUAAAUUGGAAAGUUUGGUUCUCAGCACGUACACCGGCGAGUGCCGGGAAAUGCAGUACUAUUACACCUACUGGGAGAAGCAGAUAUUUACUUGUUUCACCAGGUUUACAACGAAAAACUUGGAGAAAUUUGCACAGGACCUACAACGGGACCGACCUCUCUUCGAGAUAGAUGCCACGCUUGUGGUGCCGGAAAUUUUGAUGAAACCGACGGCUGCCGAAGUUUACGACAUAGCCAUCAACUCCGUGACGGACUUUCUGCAGAGACUGAAAAGCUUCCGCCGCUGGAUGGCCGAAACUUGCCUGCCCGUGCCCAGCAACGAAAAGUACACUUUCACCUUUUUCGAAGACAUUGUUCAGAUUCCGAAAGUUUGCGAACUUGUUAUGAACUUGCAACAAACUAUCCAGAAUUUAGUGGCCGAUGUUCUGGCGUAUUUAAAAUGCUGGCAGAAGUACAAGAACCUCUGGAUGUACGAGAAGAUGAGCGUUUGCGAGAAGUUCCUGUCGCAGAACCUGCCGCUGGUCCGGCUGGACGAGAAGUUCAUCUUCUACACCCAGAUCGUGAAUGACCUGGAGCGGCACCGGCCCUACCACGACCUCAAAUCGAUACGGAUUAAUUUGCAACCGUUAAUUAAGAGCAUUAUCGAUCACGCCGUCGAGUGGCGAAACACCCUGGGAAAUAUUCUUGCCAACCGGACCCGCCGGCAGAUGGUCGAACUGAAUGACCACAUGCAGAACCUCCGGGUGGAACUGGAUCGGAACGUCAAGGAGCUGUCACAUUUCAAGAGCGUCAUGCAGACCAUUAAUACCAUCCAGACAACCACGCUGACGGUGGAGCUGAGGAUCCACGAGAUGCAGGAAACGUACAACAUUUUGCAGGAUCACCGCAUCAAGCUCCCCUUCGGUGACAUGCUGAUGGCAUACCAGCUGGAGAAACGUUGGCGAAAAUUAUUCAAUUCAGCGUUAUACCGAGCAAAUAUGCUGCAAUCAACGAAGACAAAGUUUGCCGAGAUGACACAGAAUGAGAUCAGUAUAUUCUGCUUUGAACUGAACCAAUUUGUCCAACGGUACAAAACCGAAGGUCCCGGAACAGUUGGACUGGAUCUGGAUCGAGGUGCCUUGCUGAUGGAUCAGUACGCGAAGGAGUUUGAAGCCAUGGACAAACAACGUGUCGAACUCGAGAACGCGGAAAAACUGUUCGACAUCCCAUUAACGGAUUACAAUGAGUUUUUGCACUGCAAACACGAGUACGAAGAAAUGCAAGUGGUGUACAAGCUAUACCUCCAGCAGAAGAUCGCCCGCGAGAAGUGGUCCAAAACGCUGUGGGCAAAUCUGAACCCGCAGGCCUUACUGGACGGAAUCGAUGGAUUUAUGAAAGAUUUCCGCAAGCUGCCACGUUCGGUUCGGCAGACUCCGGUCGGUCAGGCACUGGACACCAAGAUGAAACAGUUCAAAUCGUCGGUUCCGCUGAUGCUGAGCCUGAAGGAUGAAGCCCUGCGGGAACGCCACUGGCAGCUGCUAAUGGACAAAACCGGGCAGCACUUCGAUAUGGCGCCCGAUCGGUUCACGCUGGAAAAUAUGUUCGCCAUGGAACUGCACAAAUACCAGGAUAUCGCCGAAGAAAUCAUAAAUAAUGCCAUUAAGGAACUGUCGAUCGAACGAGGCGUCCAGGAGGUAGCGGAGAUCUGGCGGCAAACGACAUUCAUCAUAGUGCCGUACGCGAGCCGGGCUGAAACGGAAACCGAUGAUAGGUUCGUCCUUGGCGGCGUGGACGAGAUAAUGCAAACGCUGGAGGAAAACUCGAUGAAUCUCCAAUCGAUGGCGGCAUCACAAUUUAUUGGCCCAUUUCUGCCAACGGUGCAGCGGUGGGAGAAGGACUUGACGUUGAUCUCCGAAAUCAUCGAUGAGUGGCUGAGCGUCCAGCGGAAGUGGCUCUACCUGGAGGGAAUAUUUAUAGGCGGCGAUAUAAGUGCUCAAUUACCGGAGGAGGCGGAAAAAUUUAACAAGAUCGAUCAGGAGUUUCAAGAGAUUAUGGCUAGCAGUGCCGCAAAUCCGCUUGUGGUGGAUGUUUGCUUAGUGCCCCGGCGGCUCGAUGAUUUCCUGCGACUGGGACAGGAGCUGGACGGGUGUCAAAAGUCAUUGAACGAUUAUCUGGAGCACAAGAGGAUGCUGUUCCCGCGGUUCUACUUCAUCUCGACGGAGGAGCUGCUAUCCAUCCUCGGCAGCAGUGAGCACACGUGCGUCCAGGAGCACAUCAUCAAGAUGUUCGAUAACAUAAAAUCUUUACGAUUCGCUAAAGAUCAUUCCGACAGGACGAUUGUCACCGCCAUGAUAUCCGCCGAAGGGGAAGUUAUGGAUUUUCAGAAGCCUGUUCUCGUGCAAAACCGUGUCGAGAGCUGGAUGACGGAUGUUUUAGCCGAAAUGCGAUCGACGAAUCGAUUCAUCUCGAAGAAAGCCAUCUACGACUACGGAAAGGAACGGGAACGGCCCAGACCUGACUGGAUCAUGCUGUAUCAGGGAAUGGUUUGCCUGGCUGCCAACCAGGUCUGGUGGACGGCCGAAGUGGAGGAGGUGUUCGCCAAGGUGAAGAAAGGCAACAAACGAGCGAUGAAGGAAUUCCUGGAGGUUCAAAAUCGACAGCUAGAUGAUCUGGUUGUGAAAGUCAGAGCCGAUUUAUCACCGAAUGAUAGACUAAAGUUCAAAACAAUUGCUACCAUCGAUGUCCAUGCUCGGGAUAUCAUCGAGGGAUUUGUUCGCGAUAGUAUUUUGGAUGCCCAGGAGUUCGGCUGGGAAAGCCAAUUGAGAUUCUACUGGCUCCGGGAUAUGGACAACCUGUUCGUGGUCCAGUGCACAGGAAAAUUCGAUUAUGGCUACGAGUACAUGGGACUGAAUGGACGUCUUGUAAUUACGCCACUAACGGAUCGGAUCUAUUUAACAAUCACGCAAGCAUUGACGAUGAAACUGGGCGCUGCACCAGCCGGACCCGCCGGCACCGGUAAAACCGAAACCACCAAGGAUUUGGCAAAAGCGAUGGCCCUGCUGUGCGUCGUGACCAACUGCGGCGAAGGCAUGGAUUUUCGAGCCGUCGGAACGGUGUUGUCAGGACUGUCUCAGUGUGGCGCCUGGGGCUGCUUCGACGAGUUUAAUCGGAUUGACAUUUCGGUGCUGAGUGUAAUAUCGACCCAGUUACAAACGAUCCGCACGGCACUGGUUGCCAAUCAGAAAACUUUUAUGUUCGAAGGCUACGAAAUCAACCUGGACCCGAAGGUGGGAAUAUUCAUUACAAUGAACCCCGGGUAUGCCGGUCGCACUGAGUUGCCCGAAUCGGUGAAAGCUCUCUUCCGACCGGUCACCUGCAUAAUGCCUGACUUGGAACUGAUCUGUUUGAUUUCACUGUUCUCCGAUGGGUUCAUGCGGGCCAAAACACUGGCCAAAAAGAUGACAGUGCUGUACAAACUCGCCCGGGAGCAGCUGUCCAAGCAGUAUCACUACGACUGGGGCCUUCGGUCGUUGAAUGCGGUCCUUCGGAUGGCCGGAGUUAACAAGCGCAAAUCCCCGGACAUCUCGGAAACUGCAACUCUGAUGCGAACACUCUUCGAUAUGAACUUUCCCAAGUUUGUAUUCGAUGACGUGCCACUGUUCAUGGGACUGAUGAAGGAUCUAUUUCCGGGAGUUGAUUAUCCUCGGGUCGGGUACCCCGAGUUCACCGAAGAGGUGAGAAACGUUCUCGAAACGGAUGGCUAUAUUAUUCUACAGAAUCAGGUGGACAAAGUUAUACAAUUAUACGAAACAAUGAUGACACGUCACUCAACCAUGAUUGUCGGCCCAACAAGUGGUGGCAAAACGGUUGUAAUAAAUACGCUGAUAAAGGCGCAAACCAAUAUGGGCCUGCCGACCAAGUGCACCGUGCUGAACCCGAAGGCUUGCUCCGUGGUGGAACUGUACGGUUAUCUGGAUCCGAGCACCCGCGAUUGGAUUGAUGGCCUCUUCUCCAACAUAUUCCGCGAGAUGAAUAGACCGACGGAGCGAGAUGAACGUCGUUACGUGUGUUUCGAUGGCGACGUAGACGCCCUGUGGAUCGAGAACAUGAACUCCGUCAUGGACGACAACAAAUUGCUGACCCUCGCCAACGGUGAACGCAUUCGGCUCAACAGUUACUGUGCGCUGUUGUUCGAGGUGGGAGAUCUUGCGUACGCUUCGCCAGCUACCGUUUCUCGUGCCGGAAUGGUCUACCUAGAUCCGAAGAAUCUCGGCUAUCAGUGCUAUUGGGACCGUUGGCUUCGUGGUCGCUACGAACAGGAGAAGGAGAUUCUUGGCAAAUCAUUCGACCGGAUUGUAACUUUAGCGAUCGAUUACAUUCUGGAAGGUGUCGAUGGCAACAACCAGGAAGAUCCGCUGAAGUUGGUGAUCCCGCAGACGAACUUGAAUAUGGUAACUCAGCUGUGUUACUUCUACGAAUCGAUGUUUCCGAAAACGUCUGCGGCCUGCCCGUACGAAGAAGAUGUGGUCGAAUGUGGUUUCAUACAGUGUUUGUUUGCUUCGCUUGGAGCUGCCCUGCUGGAGGAAUCUCGACCGAAGUUCGAUGAUUUCAUCAAGAGAAACCUGGAAAUGAUCAACUACGAAGAUAGCGAAAGCUCGCCGGCUAAGGUUGGUCAGCUACCGUCCCUAAAACCAACUCUGUACGAUUACUUUUUCGAUUUGGAGAAAAAAGUUUGGGUCGCUUGGGAAUGGAUCGUCCCGAAGUACGUUCACGAUCGUGAAAUGGCGUUCAGUGAAAUCCUAGUUCCGACCAUUGAAACACUUCAAACGGAGUGGAUUUUGAAAUCGAUGAACGAUAUUCGCCAUCCCAUUCUGCUGGUCGGUGACACUGGCACUUCAAAAACAGCCGUAAUUUCGGACUUCCUACGUCAUCUGAAUCGGGAAACAUUUAUAAUCCUAAACAUAAACUUUUCCUCCCGAACAUCCUCGCUGGAUGUACAGAAAACAAUCGAAGCAGCUGUCGACAAACGAACUAAGGAUAUCUUUGGACCUCCGGUCGGCAAAAAACUGGUGGCAUUCAUCGAUGACAUGAACAUGCCCCAGGUGGAUAGCUACGGGACUCAGCAACCGAUCGCACUGCUCAAGUUGCUGUUCGAGCGCGAAGGAAUGUACGACCGUAGCAAGGAUUUGAACUGGAAGAAGUUCAAGGACAUGUCAUUCAUCGCCGCCAUGGGCCGUGCCGGUGGAGGCCGCAAUGACGUUGAUCCUCGCUUCAUUUCAAUGUUUUCCGUGUGCAACAUUGUGUUCCCCAGUGAUAUCACUCUGUUGCACAUCUACAGCUCGAUUCUGCGUGGACAUCUGGAACUAUUCUCCGAAGAACUGCAAUCGAUUGCCGACAUCGUGGUUCAGAUGACGUUGAAUUUAUUCAAAGUGCUAGUGGUUAAGUUGCCUCCAACACCGUCCAAGUUUCACUACAUUUUCAAUCUGAAAGAUCUUUCGCGGAUCUACGGCGGUAUGCUGCAAAUCGAUCCCGAUUAUUUCCAACAAACACGACAGCUGAUCCGGGUGUGGCGUAACGAGUUCACCCGUGUAAUUUGCGACCGGUUAAUCAGCACCCAGGACCAGCAACUGAUGGCGGAUCAGAUUGCGGAAGAAGUUAACGAAAAGUUUCCACCCCAGAAACCGGUUGGUCGGAAAACAAUCAUGAUCGAACGGGUAGAGGAUGUGCGGUCCGGUGAUUCGAAGGUGUCGAUUCCGGAGUCGAUUUCCACGGCAGAUUUUAUACUGCGCGAUCCUCUUCUCUACGGUGACUAUCGAAAUGCCGUGAAUCUUGCGGAAACCAGAUACUACGAGGAUUUACUGGACUACGAAGCUAUCUUCUUCCUGUUUCAAGAAAUCCUUUUGGAGUACAACGAACAGAAAUCCAAGAUGAAUCUGGUGCUGUUCGAGGAUUGCUUAGAACAUCUGACUCGGGUUCAUCGAGCUUUACGAAUGGAUCGAGGUCACGUGAUGUUGGUUGGUGUCGGUGGAUCCGGAAAACAGUGUAUUGCCAAGUUGGCAUCAUUCACGGCAGAAUGUGAAGUAUUCGAGAUUGUCCUCAGCCGAGGCUACAACGAAUUAUCCUUCCGAGAAGAUCUCAAACAACUGUUCGUCAAUGUGGGAGUGAAAAACCAGAAAACCUGUUUCAUCUUCAGAGCAGCUCAGAUUGCGGAAGAAGGAUUUUUGGAGUUCAUAAAUAAUAUUUUAACCACUGGAACGGUGCCAGCACUGUUCACCGACGAGGAGAAGGAUACGAUAAUUGGCCAGUGCCGGAGUGCCGCCCAGGGACAAGGCUUCGCCAUUACCAAAGACGGCGUCUGGUCGUACUUCUUGGCUCGAGCGGUGAAAAAUUUGCACGUCAUUCUGUGCAUGUCGCCGGACGGUGAUGCCCUCCGGAAUCGAUGUCGCAAUUUCCCGGGCCUGGUCGGCAGUACCACCAUCGAUUGGGUGUUUCCCUGGCCGGAGCAAGCCCUGUAUGCGGUGGCCAAAGUGUUCCUGGCGGAUCAUGUGAAGAUUCCGGAAAUCCACCGGGAGCCCGUUAUCGCGCACAUCGUCCACGUCCAUCAAUCACUCAAGCACUACAUUCAGCAGUUUUUGGUCAGGUUGCGUCGGAAAAAUUUCGUCACACCGAAGCACUAUCUGGAUUACAUUAACACGUAUCUGAAACUGAUAGAGGAGAAAGAUAAUUUCAUCAUGCAACAGUGCUCCCGAUUAUCGGACGGAAUCGAGAAAAUUAAUGAAGCCUCACUUCAGAUUGAUCAGCUGAGCAUCAUCGUGGAGGAACAGCGGAAGAACGUCGUCGAGGCGGCCCAGCGAUGCGAGCAAAUGCUGGUCGGAAUCGAAACGUCCACCGAGAAGGCCAAUUCGAAAAAGGCUGAAGCUUCGGAGAAAUCCGUUGAGGUGGAACAUCAGAAAAAAAUUAUCACCGUCGAGAAGGCGGAAGCUGAGGAGGCACUGGCCGCUGCCCUUCCGGCUCUGGAGAUCGCCCGGUUGGCACUGUCCGAUCUGGACAAAUCGGACAUUACGGAAAUUCGUAGCUUUGCUACCCCACCGGAGGCCGUACAGGUCGUGUGCGAGUGCGUAGCCAUCAUCAAAGGCUUCAAGGAGAUCUCCUGGAAGACCGCCAAAGGAAUGAUGUCCGAGGCAGCUUUCCUCCGUAGUCUUCAGGAGUUGGAUUGUGAUCAGAUCACCCAGAAGCAGGUGGCAAACGUGCGAGCUCACAUGAAGAAAUCACAAAAAUUGGAUGACAUGAAAAGCAUCUCCAAGGCUGGAUAUGGUUUACUGAAGUUCGUGCGAGCAGUUCUUGGCUACUGCGAUGUUUAUCGGGAAGUCAAACCGAAAAAAGAACGUGUGGCAUUCCUGGAAGCCGAACUGGAUGGCCAGAUCAAACUGCUGAAUAAGCUAACCCGAGAAAUCAACAAACUUGAAUUCGAACUCAACGAGCUGAACAACCAGUACGCAACGGCCAUCAAAGAGAAGCAGAUGCUUCAGGAAAUGAUGGAACAAGCGGAACGCCGGUUAAUCGCAGCCGAUAAGCUCAUCUCCGGAUUGAGCUCCGAACGGGAUCGGUGGAGGAUCGAUCUGAAAAAUCUUCAGGAUGAAAAGACCAAAGUGGUAGGAACGUGUCUUCUGUCGGCUUCCUUCCUGGCCUACACCGGACCAUUUUCAUGGGAAUUCCGCAAUGCAAUCGUGUUCGAGGAUUGGCUCGUGGACGUUGAAGAACGCGAGAUUCCGUAUGUGAAACCGUUCCGCAUCUAUACCAGCUUGAGCAGUGAUCUGGAAAUGGCGACUUGGGCUUCGGAGGGACUUCCACCUGAUGAACUGUCAGUACAGAACGGUAUUCUGACUACGAGAGCUUCCCGGUUUCCGCUGUGCAUCGAUCCACAGCAGCAAGCUUUGAUGUGGAUUAAGAAACGCGAGACUCCGAACAAUCUGAAGAUUUUGAACUUCAACGACAAAGACUUCCUGCGGCAUUUGGAGAUGGCUAUCAAAUACGGAACGCCAGUUCUGUUUCAGGAUGUAGACGACUACAUAGAUCCGGUGAUCGAUAAUAUUCUGGAGAAGAACAUCAAAAGUCAGGGCGGUCGCCAGUUUGUGAUGCUUGGGGACAAGGAGGUGGACGUGGAUUCCAACUUCCGAAUGUAUCUCACCACCAAGCUAUCGAAUCCCAACUUUGAUCCAGCCGUUUACGCAAAAGCGCUGAUUAUCAACUACAUGGUGACGAUGAGUGGACUGGAAGAUCAACUGCUUAGUGUGGUAGUUCGUGCCGAACGUCCCGAUCUAGAGGAACGUCGCGAAAGUCUGAUCGCUGAGACAAGUGCCAACAAAAUUCUGCUGAAGAACCUGGAAGACUCGUUGCUCCGAGAACUUGCCACUUCCACCGGGAACAUGUUGGACAACGUUGAACUGGUCAACACGUUAGAAAAUACAAAGGAAAAAGCCGCCGAAGUAUCCCAGAAAAUCAAACUCGCCGAAGAAACUUCACUGGAUAUCGAACUGCUGCGGAACGGUUACCGGUUGGCUGCUCAAAGAGGAGCGAUUCUCUACUUCGUUCUGUCGGAGAUGUCCGUCGUAAACCCAAUGUAUCAGUACUCGCUGAACUCCUACCUGGAAGUAUUCUCGUACUCCCUGCGAAAAGCCGUCCCGGACAAUAUUCUUGCCCGACGUUUGGAAAACAUCAUUCACACGUUAACCCGGAAUGUGUACGAGUACGGUUGCAUCGGAUUCUUCGAACGGCACAAGUUGCUAUUCUCCUUCCAGAUGACCGUAAAGCUGGAGCAAAGCAAGGGACAUCUCGGUCAAACGGAGGUGGAUUUCUUCAUCAAAGGAAACAUCGCACUGGAAAAAUCCGAACGAACUUGUCCGGCCCGCUGGAUCAGCGAGAAGGGCUGGCAGGAUGUCCUGCUGCUAGCCGAACUAUUUCCGGACAAGUUUGGCGAGCUGCCGGGACACGUCGAGCGGAACGUUGCCGAGUGGACCAGUUGGUACGACGUGGAUGAACCGGAAGGAAUCGACUACCCGGGCAACUUUGGCGAAAACAUGACUGUUUAUGAUCACCUGAUGUUGAUGCGUUGCUUCCGAGUGGAUCGCGUUUACCGACUGCUGAACAAUUACGUCUCAACGAUCAUGGGCGAAGAGUUCAUCACACCUCCGAUGCUCAGUUUCGACUCAAUCUUCGAACAAUCGUCGGCGGUUACCCCGGUCGUGUUUAUCCUGAGUCCGGGAUCCGAUCCGACAAACGAUCUGAUGAAGCUGGCCGAACGAUGUGGCUUCGGUGGCAGUAAAUUUCGGCAUAUCUCACUCGGACAGGGACAGGAACAGAAAGCUCUGGCCUUAUUGAGUGCCGCACUCGAACAGGGCCUCUGGUUGAUGCUCCAGAACGGGCACCUCCUGCUGAGUUUCAUCAAAACGCUGGAAAAGCUUCUCGACUCCGUAGAGAAACCCCACCCGGACUUUCGCCUGUGGAUAACGACCGAGGCCACGGGUUCCUUCCCGAUUGGCAUACUGCAAAAGUCGUUGAAAGUUGUUACCGAACCACCGAACGGUCUGAAGAUGAAUCUCCGGGCGACAUUCUUCAAACUUCGCCAGCAAACGCUUGACGCUUGUGCCCACCAGGCGUUCAAGCCAUUAGCAUACGUUUUGGCGUUCUUCCAUGCUGUACUGCAGGAACGAAGAAAGUACGGCAAACUGGGCUGGAACAUCAGUUACGAUUUUAAUGAGUCCGACUUCAGUGUCUGCCUGCAGAUUAUGGAUACGUACCUAACGAAGGCGCUCAGCAUCAACGAGACCCGUCUGCCGUGGAAUAGUCUGAAGUAUCUGAUUGGUGAGGUUAUGUACGGUGGCCGAGUAAUAGACGACUUCGAUCGACGGGUCGUGAAAACCUACAUGGACGAGUACAUGGGUGAUUUCCUGUUCGAUAUCUUCCAGCCAUUCCACUUCUACCAGGACGACUCGGUGGACUAUAGAAUCUUCGAAGCCGAAACUCGGGACGAGUUCAUAGCCUCAAUCGAAACGCUACCACUGACCAACACACCGGAAGUGUUUGGAUUACACUCCAACGCCGAGAUUGGCUACUACACGAUUGCGGUUCGUGAAAUGUGGACUUAUUUGAUCGACCUGCAACCACAAACCAGUCCUGCCGGGAUGCGAAACGGCGGUGGCAAAGUUGAUUACGCAACCGAAACCGGUGGCAUCAGUCGGGACGAACUCAUCGACAGGGUGGCGGUCGACAUCCUGAAAAAGCUCCCGAAGCAGUUCGAGAUCUGGCGCGUGAAGAAACAGUACCAGAUCAACAUUACACCGGUGUGCGUGGUGUUGCUGCAGGAACUGGAACGCUUCAACCGGCUGCUGAACCGAAUGGAACGGACGCUGCAGCAGCUCCGCAAGGCACUGGCCGGCGAAAUCGGCAUGGACGCCGUACUGGACGGAAUCGCGCAGUCAUUGUUUAACGGGCAGCUACCGGACGACUGGCGGAAUCUAGCGCCGGCCACCUGUAAACCGCUGGGCGAUUGGAUCGAACACCUGCAGAGGAGGAACCAACAGUAUAAAUAUUGGUCAGUGUCUGGCGAGCCACUGGUGAUGUGGUUGUCGGGACUCCACAUACCGGAAAGUUAUUUAACCGCAUUAGUUCAGGUCGCCUGCCGCAAAAACAACUGGCCCCUGGAUCGAUCAACUUUAUUCACGGCGGUGACUGAAUUUCUGAAGGAAGAUGAAAUCGAAGAACGACCGGAGGCGGGAUGCUACGUGACUGGGUUGUACCUGGAAGGCGCCCGCUGGGAUCCGGCCAAUCGUUGUCUGGCACGUUCGACUCCGAAGGUACUGGUGGAACCGUUGCCGGUGCUAUCCGUGGUCCCAAUCGAAGCGCACCGGCUCAAGCUCCAAAACACAUUCCGGACACCGGUCUACACGACGUCCCAGCGGCGCAACGCAAUGGGAAUUGGCCUCGUAUUCGAAGCGGAUCUGUUCACCGAGGAGCACUCCAGCCACUGGGUCUUGCAAGGCGUCUGCCUGGUUAUGAACACGGACUAAUUGACCCGUUUGUUUACUUUACGAUGUUAUUUAGAAUAAUUCUGUGCCGGUUGUUAAUUUGAAUUAAACUUUUUUGACGUCAAUACGUCUUACUUUACUAUGGAAUGCCUUUUGGAAAUUCACCCAAUGAAAGAGU